AUGACAGAAGAUAAAGAAACCAUUCCUCAUAUUGCAAUAUUAGUAUUAGAUGAUGAAAUACCAAACAUCACUUCCAAAUAUGGAGAUUUCGGAGACAAUACAAUAAAUUUCUUAUCAAAAGCAUCAAAUCAAUUACCACCGACGGUCAAAUAUCAAUUAAAAUCAGAAAAUUCAGAAUUUUUAAAUGGUCAAUAUUCAAAAUUAAAUCUUAAUUUACAGAAUAAUUAUAUUAUAGGAUUUAUCUUGACUGGAUCAAGAUCAGAUAGUUUUAGAAGUGAUAUUGAAUGGAUUAAUAGGUUGAAUAAUUUCAUAACUGAGCAAUUAGUUCCAUCAAAUUUACCCUCCAUUGGACUUUGCUUUGGUCAUCAGAUCCUUUGUAAGAAUUUAGGAUGUAAGAUUGAUCGAAAUGAUAAAGGUUGGGAAUUAGGUACUGCUACAAUAAACCUCAAUACAGAAAUUUUCAAAAUUUCGAACUCGCCAUUCUUGGAAUUAAAAUUGGACAAUGAAGAACUACUUAAUCAUUUAAAUUUAAUUGAAUUUCAUCGUGAUAUUGUCUAUGGAUUACCUAAUGCUUUAACUGAUGAUGAUAAGUAUUUAAAUAUUGGAUCGACUUCAAAUUGUGCAAUUCAAGGAAUAAUAGGUGGAAAUAUAUUGACAUUUCAAGGACAUCCUGAAUUUGAAACUGAUUAUUCUUUAGACUUGUUAAAACUGAAGUUUGAUGCCGGUGUAAUUGAAUUGAAAGAAUAUGAAAAGGCAAAAUAUCAUACUGAGACAUUAAACAAUCAAGGUGUAUUGAUUGGAAAAGUUAUAUUGAAAUUUAUAGAAGAUAAUAGACAAUAA